CGAGAGUUUGCAAUUGAAAGUCUCGCGAAACUGCGAACGUUAUUUUAGUUGGUUAGCAGCAGCUAAUUUAGUCAUCUCACGACUGACUUCAGAACUGAAGGAGAGAGUGCUUAACUAAGUGUGUCAAUACCAGCGGAUAUUUACUUGCGUGCUUAAAGGAACGGAGUUUAAUCGGGAGCCUCUAAGAAGGGACCAAUGCUAGACUGUGGCUAAUAUUAGCUACAAAACCUCAACAGGAAGUUGGAGGCUAGCUAAAUUAAAAAUGUCUUGCACUUUGAACUCUCCAGGUAUGAACUGUAGUAUAGAAAAAGUCCUGGCAGAUGCCAAAUCAUUAGUUGAACGUCUCCGUAACCAUGACAAUGCAGCUGAGAUGUUAAUUGAACAGACAACAUCUCUCAAUAGGCGAGUGGAGUCUAUGAAGCAGUACCAGGAGGAGAUUGAUACACUGAACCAGGUUGCACGACACCGGCCUCGGUCCAGUCUUGUCCUGGGAAUCCAGCAGGAAAACCGUCAGAUCCGAGAUCUCCAGCAGGAAAACAAAGAGCUGCGGACGUCGUUGGAGGAACACCAGUCGGCGUUGGAGCUCAUCAUGACCAAAUACAGGGAGCAGGUAUUUAGGCUCCUCAUGACCAGCAAGAGAGACGACCCGGCCAUCGUCACCCAGCUGAAGGAGCAGCACACCACGGAAAUGCAAGCACAUAUAGACAAAAUCAACGAGAUGGCCUCUGUGAUGAGGAAAGCCAUAGAGGUGGACGAGGGGCGGGUAUGUGAAGACGAGGAGAGGAUUAAACAGUUGGAGCUGGAGAACAGUGGACUCAGAGAGCUUCUGGGAAUCAGUCGCGAGGCUUUUCUGGUCCUGAAGCGAGACGAGCCCUCGGAGAGCACGUCGUUGUCACCACUGCUGACUAGCGCCGAUGUUAGCUUACGAAAGAAUUAGAGCCUCUUCAGGCGACGUCUCCGAAAGCACGCCGCUCCAGAGCUGCAGUCCUGUCUUGUCCUACCCCCUCCCCAAGCCACCUUGUCAUGAUUCUGUUUUGUAUUUCUGUAAUGUUGGCUUGUUUUGCCGGUGUUUGAGAGCCUGUGGUGCCUGUGUGGUUUUAAAGUUUGUAUGAGUGAAAGAAGGGGGUUUGCGUUCCAAUAAAUCUGCCUGCAGAGCUCACCAGGCUUUCACUUCACACUGAAAUAUCUCUAGUAGUUCGUGCUCCCAUUCUGUUCACUUUCACAACUAUUGUUGUUUUUGUUUUGCACAGCCAAAAAACGGGAAUAGAAACGCACAAAAUCAUCUCCAAGCAUCGGCUACCUCUUUCAGGGGAAGAAGUUAAGCGGUCUCUCCAUGAAAGUCCAUCAAAAGCUACAAACGUCUGCUAAAAAGCUCUCUGCAAUAACUGCAUCUCCAGUCACGUGGAAAAAAAACACUAUGAAACAAUGUAUACUUUGCAUUUUUAAAGUUUUCUGCAACACGAUGCAGUAAAAUAAAUCUGGACUCUUUAUGAAGUGUCUGAAAUGCAGCAGAGUAGAUGAAUAAAUAUCAGCAAAACAUGUAUUUAGUUGAUAUUCACUGUUUUUGUUACCGCCCUUUGAAUACAAUAGAUACAACCAAGUGACAGCCAUAGUAAUUAUUCCACUCUGUAUGUGAAAGAUGUCAUUUGUGGUGACUUAGUG